UACCCAUGCAGGAAGCGGUACUGCAGCGGCUGCUAUGCUGAAGCACGUUUUCUUAACAGGCUCUCCAGGAGUGGGAAAGACCACCCUAGUGCAGAAGGUCUGCGAGUCUAUGGUCUCUGGUGGGGUGAGCCUCCAAGGCUUCUACACAGAGGAGCUGAGAGAGAGAGGGAGGAGAGUGGGCUUCGAUGUGGUGACCCUAGCCGGAGAGAGAGGAGCCCUGUCCAGAGUCGGAAAUGAAGCCCCGGCUGGACGGCGUGAAUACAGAGUCGGCCAGUAUGUUGUCGAUCUUUCCUCGUUUGAGAAUCUUGUUCUGCCGCUUUUUCGAAAUAUGGGUGAGGGAGGUAGGAGUGUCUUUGUUAUAGAUGAGAUUGGGAAGAUGGAGCUGUUCAGCCAGUCGUUUAUCCGCGUGGUGAGACAGACUCUGGACAGCUCGACCUGCUCCAUCCUGGGAACCAUCCCAGUUCCUAAAGGAAAACCCCUCGGCCUAGUGGAGGAGAUACGGGCACGGAAGGAUGUUAAGGUCUUCAUGGUUACGAAGGAAAACAGAGACGCUCUCACUGACGAAAUCGUGUCUGCGCUGAAGGAAUGUCUGAAGUAAACAACUGGCGCGAGGACGGCCGGAACAGACAGGGAACACUGGGGUAAAAUGUGCUACCAAGCACCCUAAUAGAUAAGAAGCUAAAGCGAUCACAGUGUCAGUUCUUUGGAACUGCUUUUGUUUUGUGUUUUUUUCCUUUUUGAAGAAUGUAGCCAGUAACUCGUUCAUCUUGGAGAACAUCCUUCCUGCUUCUCAAAGCUUUGGAGCGGCCGGGACCUCCAGCUGUUUGGUUCUGAGGAAUGUAGUGAAGUAUGUCACGUUUCAGAGUUGUGAAGUUUUCGUUCUUGAAUGGCCUUUCAGAAUGGACGGCCUUCUACGUUAUUGAUUAGGGUCAGCAGAGGAGGCGGGGCAGCAGGUGCCUCUAUGAGGCAUUGCCCUGCUGAGAUGAACAGAGGUGAUGGCCUCAUUUUCUUUCAGCCCGUUUAUGAUUUCCAGCAUCUUCAGCAGGAGAUGGAUGGAAGUGAAUGCCUUCCCACCUGCGGGGGGGGAGUUUCAUGUUUAUUUGCAAUGUAUCACAAAAUAAACCAAUAUUUGAACA